UUUUCACUUUGAUUUCUUUUGUAAUUAUAUAUAUAUUUAGCUUCCAUCUUUGUCUUCAAACCUUUGGAGUCACCAAAAAACCUUUACUCUCACAAAUUGACACACAUUAGCCUUGUUUCAUGACAGGGUGUUGCAAAUUUUGUUUUUGUUAAAGAUGCAGUUUUUUCACAAACCUACCAAGGUUCAGUCUCUGAUUAAUUUCAUUCUAGUCACUACUUCAUUUUGUGGCAUAUAUGUUCUUGUAUCAGUGUUGUUCUUGGGAACAUCAAAGCUAGUACAAUUUCAUUCUUCAUCAAAAUACGUGUCAACACCAACACAAACAACUCUUGAUCAUGUUGUGUUUGGGAUUGCAUCAAGCAAAGGAUCAUGGCCUAAGAGAAAAGAGUUUGUUAAAUUGUGGUGGAAACCAAACAAUUCAAUGAAGGGUUGUGUGUUCUUGGAUACACUACCAGAUGAAGAGAAGCAAGGUAGGGAUGAUAAGAAUUCCCUCCCUCCUCUCUGUGUCUCCCAAGACACUUCCGGGUUUCGCUACACGUGCCACGGUGGCCUGAGGUCAGCCAUACGUGUGGCACGUGUAGUUGCCGAAACAGUGGCCUUGAACCAUUCAAACGUGAGGUGGUAUGUGUUCGGAGACGACGACACCGUCUUCUUCCCGGAGAAUGUGGUGAAGACACUUUCCAAGUAUGAUCAUGAGCUAUGGUACUAUGUUGGUUCGCACUCUGAGGUUUAUGAGCAGAAUAGGUUGUUUGGUUUUGGAAUGGCUUUUGGCGGCGCUGGUUUUGCUAUCAGUUCUUCCCUUGCAAAGGUUUUAGCCAAGGUUUUUGAUUCUUGUAUUCAAAGGUACCAUUUUCUCUAUGGUAGUGAUGGCAGGGUGUAUUCUUGCUUAGCUGAACUUGGUGUUGGAUUAACACAUGAACCAGGUUUUCACCAGGUGGAUUUGCGCGGAAAUACCUUUGGCUUAUUGGCUGCACAUCCAGUGUCUCCAUUGUUGUCCUUGCAUCAUCCAGAAUACACUGAUCCAAUCUUUCCAAACAUGACAACUACACAAGCUUUGAGACAUUUCUUUGGAGCAGUGAAUGUUGAUUCUCAGAGGAUGCUGCAACAAACAGUCUGCUAUAACAGCAGGUUUUCGUGGACGAUUUCCAUGUCUUGGGGCUACACAGUUCAGGUUUUCCCUAACCAUAUGCCAUUGAGAGAAGUUAUCAAGGUUCAAGAAACAUUCAAGCAGUGGAGAAAGGGAAACUUGUUGGCCAAGUCAUUUACUUUCAACACUGUAGAGCCUCACCAUGAUCCAUGUAAAAGGCCAACCAUUUUCUUUCUUGAUAGUGUUUCUUCCGGAAAAGAUGGCAUCAUAAGCAGUUACAAGAGAUCUUUCAGAAAUUGCUCGAGCGACGCAUCGUCACUGAUGAGGUUGGAAUGGAUCAAAGUGGUCUCCGAUAAGCUUGAUCUUGGCAUCAAACAGUUGAAGGCUCCAAGGAGGCACUGCUGUGAUGUAUUGCCAUCAAGUGGUGGUGACCAGAUGGAAAUUGAAGUCAGAGAAUGCAAAGAUGAAGAAUUGAUUUAUAUGCACUGAUAAAUAUAUAUAUAGAGACACAGACAUAACUCACACACUAAUACAACAAAUAUGGAAGAAAGCUCGAUGUGAUUUCUGUAAUUCUAUUAUGAUAUAUGUGUAGAUAUACUACUACUAUUAUUUAGAGAUAACUGAGAGUUAAAAAUUUAGGUAGUUUUGCUUUGCCAUCCGUAAUUCUUGCAGAAUCAAAAUUUGCUUCUGGACCAUAUCCAUGGACACAUUAUGACAUUUCUUGCAAGAAGUUGGUCGGCUGUAAAACAUUUUUGUAAUUGAUGAGAAUAUUUUAAUUUUACUCUUAAUAUUCUCUAAGGUUACAACUCAAUAGGAUAGAGAUU